CCGACGAACCAUGUAUUACCAUUGUAUAUUUUCAAUUCAGGUUGGCCCAUUUAAAGAUAUCAUGCGUUAAAAUAGAUCCUUUCGGACACUGCGGUCACGUUGAUAUGAACCUCCGAGUCGAGUGGUCUCGUCGAUUCCGCUAGAGCUCGCCCGGCCGACUGAUCCGGCCCAGUCCGCGACUCUGAUCCGGUCCGGGGCGUCCAGCAAUCUUGUCCUUGGACAAGCAAGCUACUCGCCGUUCUGUUGUUACCUCAAACAUGUCCAGUACUUGAAUCUUUGAUAUGUAAGAAUAAACUUAUGUACAGAAACCAGCUAACUAAAUAAAAUGACUGGGAGAGAAUGGAUAGAAAGCAACUUUAAUAAAAAGGAGUGUGCAAAGUUUGUCAGCAGCAAGAGGGAUCCAAGAAAAUGUGGAUGUGGCAGGAGUCUUGCUUUCCAUCGUCAACUCACUCAGACGUCACAUCUCAGAUCCUCAGCAAACUCAAGUUUAUGGAAUUCAAAAAACCACACGGUUUCCUUGGCAACAGAUGCCUAUGGAUUGCUGGAAUUCCAGGGAGCUGGUCAUGGCAACAAGGCAAAGUACAUCCGCCUUGCAGAUGACACCAGUCCUGAUCUUAUCUUGCAUCUAUUGAAACGUCAUUGGAAUCUUGGUCUACCAAACCUGUUAAUCUCAAUGCGAGGAGGUCUACAAGACUUUGCCAUGCAACCCAAGCUCAAAAGGGUUCUUUGUAAGGGUCUAAGCAAGGCUGCUAGGACUACAGGGGCUUGGAUUAUGACUGGUGGUACCAACACAGGAGUUACUAUGUUGAUGGGUAAUGCUCUCAACAACCACUCAGUCAAGAUGCGUGGUCGGGUAGUAACCAUUGGUAUCGCACCCUGGGGGGUACUCAACAGUAGAGAAAGCCUCAUUGGUCAAGAUGCUGUCCGUCCAUACCAUUCUGUUGCCUGUCCCGUGAGUAAAGGUUUUAAGCUGAACAGCCACCACACUCAUUUCCUUCUUGUAGACAAUGGAACUGUUGACCAGUAUGGAUGUGAGAUGCUGGUCAGACGCAAGUUUGAGAAGUACCUCUCGACGCAGCAUGUCAAUGCCCGACGUCAGGUACCAGUGGUUAGUGUUGUGGUUGAAGGAGGAGCUAAUGUGGUACGUACAGUACUAGCCAAUGUCAGUGGGGAUCCACCAAUACCUGUUGUGGUCUUUGAUGGCACUGGAAGAGCUGCAGAUAUCAUUGCAUUCAUGCACAAGUAUACCAGUGAAAACGGGAUGUUAUCCGCUCCAUUGAAAGAACAGAUACUGGAGACAAUCAAACACACAUUUGAUUUCACCCACAGACAGAGUGAGAAGCUCUACCAUGAGCUUGAACAAUGCAUGAAAAAGAAAGAAAUGAUAACUGUAUUUUGCUUGGGUACGGAAGGAGUUGAAGACUUUGAUCUUGCCAUCUUGACAGCCCUGUUGAAAGCUCAGACUAAGUCUUACACAGAUCAGCUUAACAUGGCCCUGUCUUGGAAUAGGGUGGACAUUGCCAAGAAACAGAUCUUUAUCCAUGGUAGAGACUGGCCAGAAGGAGUUCUUGACCAAGUAAUGAUGGAUGCUCUGACAAACGACAAAGUUGAAUUUGUCAAACUACUCAAAGACAAUGGCGUCAACAUGCACAAGUUCUUGACUGUAGCAAGAUUGGAAGAACUGUACAAUACGAAACAAGGUCCAGGCAACACGCUCGCGCAUUUGGUCAAAGAUGUUAGAAAGCACCAUCACCAGCUAUUGAAGUACUCAUUGUAUGAUAUGGGUUUAGUCUUUGAGAAUCUGAUGGGUGGUACCUACCAAUCAACGUACACAGAUAGAAGAUUCAAAGCUCUUCACCAAACUACUCUUAAAAAGGGUCUAUCUUUCGCAUUACUGAUGGAAAGAGAGGUCUCUGAUGCCACAAUCCCUCCAAUUGAUCGCUAUCUUCAGACCUUCCCGUUCCCGUUCAAUGAACUCUUCAUCUGGGCGGUCCUUACCAAACGUCAUAACAUGGCCUUGUUUCUCUGGAGACAGGAUGAGGAAGCUCUUGCCAAGGCACUGGUAGCUUCAUCACUCUACCGUGCCAUGGCCAAGUCAGCAGAAGUCAUGAAUCUAGAAGCUGAAAGCAGCGGGGAACUCAGGAGAUAUGCUCAGGAAUUCAAUGAUCUAGCAAUGGACUUGCUAGAUCAGUGCUACAGAGAGGAUGAGGUCUUGACCAUGCAACUCUUGACCGUUCAACUGGACAAUUGGAGCAAGCAUACUUGUCUGAGUCUUGCUGCCAUGGCCCAGCACAACAAGUUCAUGGCACAUGCGUGUUGUCAGGUUUUACUCAAUGAUCUCUGGCACGGUGGUAUGCAGGCACAAAAGUAUAUCAACAUCAAGGUUAUAACAAGUCUUCUGUUCCCUGUCUGCAUCUUUGCUAUCGGGUUCAAGACCACUGAAGAGCUUCUCCUUAUGCCUCAAACCUUGGAGGAACAUAUGCAGGAUGUAGAGGAUGCUGAUAGACCUUCUAUAACAUCAUCUACAUCAUUCACUAGGUUACAUAACAUCAAGGAAGAAGAGGAGAUACCUAUGUCUGAGAGGAAAGGUCUUCGUCAGCGGCUUACUAUGACAUCCAAAGAGAUUGAUCCCAUAGAGGAACCGUGUGAGAAAAAACCUACUCAGAAACGCCAGCUCAGUGGUGGAAAGAAGCUCUAUGAAUUCUUCAAUGCUCCUAUCACCAAGUUCUGGUCUUACACCAUAUUCUACGUAGUAUUCAUGUUCAUGUAUAACUAUGUAUGCCUGUUUCGGAUGGAAGCAAUGCCGUCAUUCUUUGAGUGGAUCGUCAUCCUCUACAUAAUUACAACAGGCAUGGAGCAUGUCAGAGAGCUCAUGUUAGCGGAGCCCACCAAACUUGCACAUAAGUUUCGUGUCUUCUACUCUGUCUUCUGGAAUGUCCAUGAUGUAAUCGCCAUCGUAACCUUCAUGACUGGUUUCAUCCUUCGUAUGGUGCCAUCGACCCAUCUAUCUGGUAGAGUGGUCUACUGUGUGGUCAUUGUUCUAUGGUAUCUGAGAUUCCUAGAGAUUCUGAGUGUUAGUAACUAUCUUGGACCUCUCAUUAAUAUGAUUGGUAAAAUGUUACGGGAUAUGUGCUACUUUCUAGUAGUAUUGAUAAUCAUUCUGGUGAGCUUUGGUGUGAUCCGUCAAUCUAUUCUAAACCCUGAUGUUGAUCCUAGUUGGUGGCCGGUAAGAGAAGUCCUUCAUGAGCCAUACUGGAUGAUCUAUGGAGAAGUCUAUGCUGGCAAGAUUAAUCCUCCGUGUGGAGAUGGACCAGACAUGGAUCCUUGUCUUACGGGUCGUUGGGUCGUUCCCGUGGCGAUGUCCAUUUAUUGUUUAGUAGCCAACAUUCUGAUUGUCAACAUGCUCAUUGCUCUCUUCAACACUACCUUCCAGCGGAUAAUGCCAAUUGCUAACCAACUAUGGAAGUUCCAACGGUAUCAUGUGACUAUGAAAUACGAGCAGAAGCCCAUCCUCGUACCUCCCUUCACAAUUAUAUACUAUCUGUAUUCCCUCUUCAAGUUUGUCGUUUGCCAGUGUCGAAAGUGUGAGAAACGACAAAAGGACAUCAGACUCAAACUGUUCUUGGACAGAGAGGCUAUGGAUUCCGUUCGUGACUUUGAGGAAGCAUGUUUAGAACUCUAUCUCAAGGACAAAGAAAUUCAAAGACAGGUCUCAAGUGAAGAGAGACUGCGAGAAGUUGCUGAAAGGACUGAGGAUCACUCUUAUCAACUUGAAGAGAUCGUAGAGAAGGAGAAUAUUUCCAAGCUUGGUAUGAGAUCAUUUGAACGUAGACUGAUGAGGGUGGAAGAGGCUUCUUUCCAAACCGCCAGGAACAUCAUGGACAUCCGUCAACUUCUUAUGAAUAGCUUGCUGCCAACAGAAAGCAACGAGAACCUUCUUGGUGUUCCUGAGUCACGACUGAAGAGUGCCAGCGAUAGUGCCCUGAAUCAUGAUGCUACCCCAAGUGAGAAGAGUACAAAGAUUCAACGAUGGAAAGCAAAGAGCGGUGGCUCGUAUCCGCCCAUGCAAAAACCAAAGGUACAUGAUAGGGGAAAUCCAGUUGGUGGGAGUCUUUCACGCAAAGAAGGUGAGCUAUUGAGGGAGAAUCCGGAAUUCAGUAUAGAGAGGGUAAGUCCUCGAACUGGACGCAGGAAACUGGUGUCCAGUAAGAACUUUGAUGAUGGAUCUCUUGAACUGAAAUCGGGUGGAGCAUCAUCUAAAGACAGUAGUCGUGACUCAGAGAGAGCAAUGCGCAUUGACUCUCAUAGUGCUGAAAGCAGUGGAGAGAGCGACCUUCGUCCUUUGACCCCUGAUAAAGAAGAUGGCCUGAAGGCGCUUGGCAGUCCCACAAGUGUUCCUGCGGUCAUCCUUGAGCAAGGUAGGAGUGAUAUCAAGCGAAAUCAUUGCCACAAAGUCCUAAGAUUAAGUACAUUUGAACGUUACCUGUCCAUGGUAGCUCCUCAACAAGACAUUGAAAAUCCUCGUCCAGGUCCGGUUAGGAGGCAAGUUGGUGCCGAAUCUGGUGUGGCCAAAGACCAUGGCAGACAUCUUGGGAUGAGACAUAUAGACUCUGAGAGUAAUAUGUCUGUGUACAGUAACACUAGCGUCCAGACACCCAAACUGGGAACCAUGCAGCGUCCCAUGCCGUAUACUUCUGCCCCCGUCUACUCCACAAUUACUGAUCAUAUUGAUCUCAGCUCGGUGAACGCCAACCGCCUCCAUGAUCUCGGAGCUUCCACAUCCAGCACUGGAUACAUCUCCAUGAAUGAUAACAUAGAUAAUGAAAUGCCUGCAUCGCCAUCUCCAUUUGUUCGUCCUGGUAUGGGCUUGGACUUCACUCCCUUCACAAGUCUGAGCAUACGAUCCGACACACUAGUCUCGCCUACCAGACCUGACCACCUGAAGAAAGUGGAGCAGGGAUGUUACGAUAUCAUGGAUGACAGUGAGUCUGAUCAAGACCAGACUAGGCUUAAAACCGAUAUUGAAGAUGAAGAGGAAAGUGGGAUAGAAUUCGCUGUUCGGAAAUCUUCAGAUUCUCAGACAAGUCAGGAGAGCAGAGAAGAAGAGGGAACGAGGGAGACAACUUUCUAAAGACUCUUUACCAAAGGAAUGGUAAUCUCUCUCUCUAUAUAUAUAUACACCAUUUGAUGGUGCUUAAUAAAUGUAAAGAUUAUUUAUUUUCAUAGUUUGAAAACUCAUUGUCAGGUAAAAUGAAGAUUUUGCAGUCUGUAUAAAAAAAAAUACAUCUUGUGUGAAAGAUGUAAUCUGAAAUCUUGUGUAAGUAAUGAAAAUUAUCAUAUGAAUUAUAAUAGUGAUAAUAAUAAUAUUAGUAUUGAUAAUAAUAAAGUGCAAAUGGGGGCAUUCUCUUCUUUGGGACCCCUUUUCUUUUUUUUUGUUAUGCCUGUCUGGAAGUUUUUUUUUAAGAUGGGAAAGUGCCUCCAAUAAUGAUUGUUCGCCUUUUUUUUGCUCAGAAAGUGUCCCCCCCCCUGUAAAUCCUAGAUCAGCCUCUGAUAGUGGUAGUUAUAAUAGUAACAAUAAUAAUGAUAGUAACUGUGAUUAAUAGAAAUACUUAGAAUGGUAUCUACUUUAAUGAUGAUAACAGUUUAUAAUUAAUUGAAGAUUUGUGAAAAAUGGUCACUAUACUUGUGUAAUAUUUUAAAGUAAAAAUGAUAGUACACAACAAAAAGUACACUCCGGAAUAAACAAAAAUGAGAAUUACCAAUAAUAAGUCACAACAUAAAAUGUAAUAGACAAAUGACCCAUUGUUGUAAAGCUUAGAGUCUCUUCUUUCAUCUGGUAUAACUUAGAUGAUUAGUCAUGUGUGCAUGAGUGAACAAAAACAAAGGAUACCAAAAACUCACUUCCAAACUGUUCUAUUUUAAUGUCUAAAAUUAUAUUAUUUGCUCUUUUAUUUGAUAGCCCAAUCCAAGAAAAUAACCAAGAACUAAGUACUUUCUCUUUCUUUUUCUUAAAUAUUGCUUGCAUUUCAUUAUGCAAAUAUGUUUUCACAGAUUCCCUACCAUAGCUAUCACACAAUUAACAAAAGACUCAAUGCAUGUCUAAUCAUCAACAAAAUGGAGUGUUGAGUAAGUCUGAGUUAAUUGAUCAUUUUUUCACUGAAAUCCUCCUGAUCAGCAAGGAUGACCAAAGGAUACCAGGGCUCAAAUUAUGCAUUUCAAGGGCCGUUUUUAUUUUUAUUUUGAAGGGCACUAAUAAAGGAACCAGAAUGUAGCACUCAUUUUAGGGGGUAUUCAAGGCCAUUACAAAAGGGCAUCAAUAAAAAAAUGUACUUUUCAAUAGGACACAUGCACUGGAUUAUGACUGGGCACCAAGGCCUCAGGGCAUCUUAUGUUGACCUUGAGUCUACAAAUAUAUUGAAGAGCAUCAUUCUAGGGUCAUCAGAGGUCAUGGCCUAGGAUGGCCUUGGGUUAAUUCAAGCCCUGGGGGUGUUUCUCAAAGAUUUAAGUUUGACUUAGAGUCUCACCUAAAUGCAUAGUUGUGUGCGGUAUAAAAGCCAUGACCACAUUGGUCAGAUCAUGAAAAGAUGAUGCGCACUGUUGCAUAUUGAUCAAUUAGAUUGCGCAUUGCAUUUCAGGUGCACGUCGGCAUUUAAGUGCGAUUUAAGUUAUACUUAAAUCUUUGUGAAACAACCCCCCCUGGAUACAGUCUUGUGAGGGUUCAAAGACGUACAUGUCAAAGAGAUGGGAAAAUAGUGACCAAUCUCUUCCUAUUGUUCACAUCAAGGCCCAGUCACAUAAAGCCUAGCAAUUGAUUAUUGGGCUGCUUUUUUAUGAUUGAUCACACACAAUAUUCAAUGCAGUCAGUCAUAGAAUCAGCAGAUUGAUCAAUUUCUGAGCUUUAUGCCAUGGGUCCCAGAUCAUUCAAAAUAUCAAACACUACACACAGCUAGCUAGUAUUCUCCUACCCUCUUAUCCUCCCUGCCCCAGGGGGCAGUUUCAUAAAGCUGUUUGUAAGAUAAGAGUGACUUUAAGAACGACUGGUGAUCCUUUCUUAUGCGCUUAACCAU